GCUGAAACGCUGCAACCUGCUACAACCCUGCUCUGUACUAGCUUAUGCUGCUGAGAGAAGAAAUCUAAUGAAGUGCGUCACGUUCCUCUUGUCCGCCUCCAUCGUGACUCUCUCCCCAUCGCGAGAUGGGGGUGCGUUGGGGUUUGUUUUAGGACCUGGACUAGCGAUGAGGCGAGGUAAGCCGACGACGACACACGAUCGGCGGCGCAUGUGUCAUCAUCAUGGACUUGCAAGUCCCUCCAGCAGCGGCAGCAUCUGUGAUAGCAGAACCUCGGGUGGAGCACGUUGGAGGACUAUCCCCCGAGCGCUCGGGGGCACGAGUUCACCGAGCGAUGGCGCAGACGAUGGCAGUAGCGGCGGAAGCAGCAGCAGCGUUGGGGACGGUGCGGGUGGUCUAUCGGGCGACGGAGCGGACGGGGCAAAAGGGGAAGAGGAAGCAGAGCAGCAAUCCUUGGCAAGCCUGGUGGAGUCCACCUUCGUGCUGGCGGCAGCGGGGAACAGCUACGAGAUGGGCCUCAAAGCCUUCAUUUCGACGAUCAAGGAGGCGUACGAGAGGGGGUACACGGUCCCGGCGUUGACAAUGGAGGUCUCUUUCGUCCCUACAAAGACGGCGGGGCGCGAUCUUCACCCGGAUGAAGUCGAGCUUCGAUCGGUCUGGAUCGCUCUCGUCUACCUCACGCUCGAGAAUGCCAAUUGGCCGCAGAAGGUUCAACGAGCACAUGAGAUCUCAGCGCCUUUCAUGGACCGGUUUGCGGAAUUUGUCAAGAAGGUGAUGAACGGCGCUGCCUCGGGACACACCCUCCAGACGCUGAAGCUUGAGGAGGUGAUGAGAAGAGGAGCGGAGCCACGAACUCCGAUGGAGGCCGCCGUUCUCUCGCAAAGCAUGCGAAUAGUCUUCGCUACGCUAGACCUCAUGAAGGAAGGAUGGAGUGGAUAACAUUUGCUCCCCGUCGUAGUUUUCGUUUAAGGAUGGGAUUGGAUCAUAUUUGUGGGGAUGGGGAUAGAUCUAGAUGGGACGGCUUGCAAGAUUAUACGAAGAAAUCAUGGAGGUGCUGUGGGCGAUUAUGACUCAAGUCGUCCUUUUCCAUGCAUGUGUUUGAUUUCCUCUUUUCCGUCUUGGUGAGGUAGCGCGUCCGUGAUGUCUGGGCGAGGGAGUCAUCUGCUCAACGGCCAACUUUGCCUUCGUAUCGUGUGAUUUGUUCUGGUCCUGCUUGCGCAUCUUGCGCAUUCCCCGGAAGAGGUCUCCGAAUCUUAGCCAUGCCCCUCAAAACAAGAGGCGUUCUGCACCGCCCUCGUUUCUGAACACGGUCGGCUGCGCAUAACUAGGAUGUUGUUGCUCACACUAGCAGCGCAUUACGCGU